AUGUCGUACAAUCUUCAGCUGGCUAUAAUAAAUUUUCAACCUCGCCACCUUCAACAUCCUCGAUUUCUACCACCACCGAUUUUUCAACCUCGCGACCGUCAUCCUCCUCCUCGUUUUCAACCUCCUGCGCGAUUUGAUAACCCUAACCAAAGCGACCUUCAUCCUCCUCCUCGAUUUCAACCUCUUGCCCGUUUUGAUAACCAUUAUCAAAGCGAUCUUCAUCCUCCUUCUCGAUUUCAGCCUUCUGCGCAAUUUGAUAACCCAAAUCAAAGGGCUUUUACAACAUUGCAGCAAGUAACUACUGAAACAAGUUCUGGAACAAAGGAAAACACAUCUGAAACAAGUUCUGCAACAAUAGGAGAAACAACAUCAGCUUAUUUUUCAGGUUCAAAAGAUAUUUGGAACGAUGUAACAGAGGAUGAUAUUAGAGGACCUUUGACUGGAUAUACUGGCACUGUAGAUGAACUACAUGAACUUUAUGACAAACAUUCAAUACUUCUUGGAUUUUCAAUAAGAAAAAAUACAUUAAGGAGAGAUCAAAAAACGGGAGAGAUAAAGGAAAGAUACUUUUGUUGUUCAAAGGAAGGAAAGAGAAAGGAAAACACAAAGAACACAAAGAAAGAAGAAGCAGCUGUAUCAAGUGAGAGCAAACAGAAAGAGCAUUCAAAGAACCCAAGGCAGCAAAACCUUACUAGAACAGGGUGCAACGCAUCUAUACGAUUGAAGUUACAAAAGGAUGGAAAGUUUACAGUCUUUCAUCAUGUUAUAGAACACAAUCAUGCCUUAACAAGAGAGUCACUGCAAAACUUUGAAAGAUCACAAAGAAAAAUUGAUGAAGAAAAGGGAAAAGUAAUUGAAGGACUCACACUAUCAGGAAUAACACCAGCAGAUUCCUAUAGAUAUAUGUGUAAUGAAGCUGGUGACGCAAGGGUGGUUGGACACACAUUAGUUGACCACAUGAAUUUCACAUGUAGAUUGAAAAUGAAAAGACUAGAAGGAAAAGAUACACAAGCAGUUGUGAACAUGUUAGUUAAGAGAGGAGAAGAAGAUCCAAACUUUUAUUUUCGAGUAAAGGUGAACGAGGCAAACCAAGUAAUAAGCAUGUUUUGGAGGGAUGGAAUGAUGCAAGAAGAUUAUGACGUAUAUGGUGAUGUCUGUGUCUUUGACACAACUUUCAGAACAAACAAAUACAAUUUAGUUUGUGCGCCAUUUGUAGGUGUCAACAACCAUUGGAGUAAUGUGAUGUUUGGUUGUGCUUUUAUUGCUGAUGAGAAGACACACACUUUUGUGUGGCUAUUGGAAACAUUUAUGGACUCUAUGGGAGGCAAAGCACCUAUAACUAUCUUUACAGAUCAAGAUCAAGCAAUGGCAAAUGCUAUUGAACAAGUAUUUCCUAAUACAAGACAUAGAUUAUGCUUAUGGCACUUACAAAAGAAUGUUGUGUCAAGAUUUGGAGACUUAAAAGCUGACAAUACAUUCAAAGACACAUUCAAGAAGUACUUAUAUCGUUGUUACAAUGAAGAACAAUUUGAAACCACUUGGUUUGACAUGAUUACUAAGUAUAACCUUCAAGAUCAUGAUUGGAGUGAGAGCACUAACAAUGCAAUUGGAUUUAAAGGGAACAAAUCAACUUCACUAACAGAAUUCUUUCACAUUUUUGGAGCAACAAUGGAUCGUUGGAGAUAUCAAGAAGAUCAAAAUGAAUAUGAUUGUGGAAAUGCUUUGCCUAAAUCUGAUUUUCCAAUGGUCGGAAUGAUAAAACAUGCGGCAAAUGUUUACACACUUACAUUGUUUAGAGAUUUUGAAAAAGAAUUCAAGUAUGCAAUGGGUUGGAUCUCAAAUGUCAACUACAUCAAUGGAAAUUUCUUUGGUUACAAAGUGAAACAUGAAUCUUGGCCUGAACAUACUGCCCAUUAUGUAGCAUUUGAUCCAACAACAAAUUCCAUUAAAUGCACUUGUAGGAACUUCGAAGAAUCAGUCAACAUUCCAGAGCAAUACAUUUCAAAAAGGUGGACAAAUUUUGCAAAAAGUGAAGUAUGGAAGAGAAUGGAACAUAGAGAAGAUAAUGGAACAGAAAAGAGAAAAAUUACUCCAUGGCGUUAUGAGAUGGCAAGAAAUUUGUACAACUUGGUUAUUGAAUGUCAAGGGAGUGAUUCAGCUAAAAAGGUGCUUAAAGAGGCUUAUGCUCAUGCUAACGAAAGCAUAAAUAAGGUUCUAGAAAAAGAAAAAGCAGCAGAAAAGGAGGCAACACAAAAGGCACAAGACGAUGUUGAAGCACAACAAACCACAAUCAACAUAGCACCGUCUACAUCAUCAUCAUCAUCAAAUGCACCACAAAUAAUAGUUGAAAAUCCACCACUAGUGAAGACAAAAGGAAGAAGUAAAAGAAAAAAAGGAUACUUUGAGAUAAGGACAUCGUCAACAGCACCUACAGAAUUUGGAACUUUUACACCAAAAGAACAACUUUUUUAG